AAUGUGCAGAAACAUAAACAAACCGUAUUUUCGGCGAUUAUUCCAUUACCGGGACGUGUGGGCCGCCGUUCGGCACCGGGACGAUCCGUUUGCCGCCCGCCAAAAGCACGCCAAAUGUGAAAAAUCGUCCCGAAACGCCACGUUUCCGCAUGACUGAUUUUCACGUUCAAUUUGCAUUCGAUUAGAGCUCCAAUGGCUGGCUGGCUUGGCGUUCGGUAGCGAAUCUCGCAGGAAUGCGCCAUGGCAUGAUGGCUACCCUGUCUCGUUUUUUUACAUCUUGUGUGUGUAUGUGUUUGUGUGUGUGAGAGAGAGAACGUGUGUGGGAAAAACGGUUUUUCCCGUCAAAUUAUCUAGCGCAUGUCGCACGUUUUAUUCCACGAAAUACACAUUACAUGGCGGAAUUGGCGUAAAAUAGCCGAAGAUGGUAGCGAUGAUUUGCUGAAGCUGUAAUGGAAAAGCAAAAGUAAGGAUCGUGGCCAGAAAAAAAAGGUGAUUUAUAUGGGUGAAAAUGCCGUUACAACUGGUUUCCUGAUAGAUUCCUGAGCAAAUCCAUUAAAUGGUGACACAAAAAAUGAGAAUAGCCGAAUGGGGAUUUCUUUCUCAAACCCAAAUCCUCAUCCAGUAUCGGCUGGAAUUGAAAGCUAAAGAACCGUUUAGUUCCAUUUUUUUAGGCUAAAACGGCGGCUAAUUUUGAAAUCACAACGCCUGUGUUGUUUCCCCCGAAAAACGGACUCUUACACCACUGCACAUGCGUUCGAUUUCAAAUUCGAACUCAUCUGACACAGCACAGCACACGGUUGGCGGAAACGGAGCGUUCUUUUUGAUCGUCCAAAGUUGCACCCGUACUGCUCGUGUCCACCAAGUAGAGGUGUGAUAGCAAACGGCUGGAAACGGUUCCAGCCCUAAUGACUUUAUCUCUACAUACUCUACACCUCCAAGUGUGUUACAAACCAAACAGAUGGCAUCCUGAUAUAGCAAAUGCUAAGAAUGUUUGCUGAAGCCUCCAAACAAAAACUAAUGUUUGCCUAGAGAAUAAAUCUAGAAAAAAACAGCAAUCAAAAAUGGCGGUUGAUAUGCUUGUUUUUCAAUCCCAACUGCAGGAAGUGUCAUCUGUGGCAUUGGUCUUUCUGAUUUGUACUGUAACAAAAAAACCUGACGUUUAUCCAAAUUAUUCCCGCUUAAACUUUGCAGCCUCGAAAGUGCGCUCAAAAUGGUCCAGCGUUCGUACUUAACGGGCGCUCUGUCACCGCACGUAAGUAAGCAACCACGGGCAAGCACGUGUGUGCGCCAUAUAUAAAUACUCCCGAUGGCGACCGUGAGCGAUAUGUGGAUUAAAAUACGAUUUGGUACCCAUGAUCGGGAGUUUUUGUUCGUUUUCGCAUAAUGCAUCGUAAACCAGCACGAAUUGAUAUUGAACCACCACAAAAAUGCUAACAAAUGUUCACUUCUCCUUUCCUUCCUACUUUCUUUGCCCAUUUAUCCUCGAAACAAAUUUAACUUACUGCAGCAUGGAGUACAAAAACGAAGGCCACAGCGGCGUCAAUCAGCUGGGAGGUAUAUUCGUUGGCGGUAGACCUCUGCCUGAUUCCACACGCCAACGCAUCGUGGAGCUGGCCCAUGCCGGUGCCCGACCAUGUGAUAUUUCGCGCAUUCUUCAGGUGUCCAAUGGAUGCGUCAGCAAGAUUCUCGGCCGGUACUACGAAACUGGUAGCAUCCGGCCGCGAGCAAUCGGUGGUUCGAAACCACGCGUCGCCACACCGGAGGUGGUCAACAAGAUUUCACAGUUCAAGAACAACUGCCCGAACAUCUUCGCCUGGGAGAUCCGGGACAAGCUGCUGAACGAGCGUAUCUGCACGCCGGAAAACAUCCCGAGUGUUUCCUCCAUCAACCGGGUACUGCGCAAUCUGGCCGCCCAGAAAGAGUUCAGCAAGAAACCGCACUCCUCGGACACGCUGAGUGAUGACGUUGGUGGCUAUCUGCAGGGGAAAUCGCUCAACGAUGCAUCCUUUCUGCACUACAAGUACGGUGACAGCUGCCGUUCGAUGCAGGGUGCGGAAUCGGUACUGCGCAUCAACGAUACGUAUAACCGGGCUGGGGGUGGUGGUAGUGGUGGUGGUGGAGGUGGUGGAGGCGGUGGUGGUGGACCGGACGUGAACGAUGUGAAACCAAUGUCGGACGAUGGGAAGAAUCCGUUCGCCAAGCACUGCUUCACCAACCUCGAUACGGGGGUGCCCGGUACGGGGGCGGGUACGGGGACGGGGCCUGGUGGGCAGGGUACGAAGCAAGUGUUUGUCGACAAUGAUACCGAGCGGUUGAGCUUGAAGCGAAAGCUGCAGCGCAACCGGACGUCCUUCACCGUCGACCAGAUCGAGUUUCUCGAGAAGGAGUUCGAGCGGACGCACUAUCCGGACGUGUUUUCCCGUGAACGAUUGUCUUCCAAAACGAACCUGCCGGAAGCGAGAAUUCAGGUAUGGUUCUCUAACCGACGUGCAAAAUGGCGCAGAGAGGAGAAACAACGGUCCCAAGCCGUAUCCGAGGGCAGCUCGUCGGCAGCGGCCGCAGCCGCAGCAGCAGCCGCCGCUGCCGCAGCCGUCGCCGUACAGAACGCAUCCAUCUCAUCCUGCUCGCUGAACCUUAGCGCACCGCUCGUUUCGCACGUGUACGAUUCGAACAUGUGCGUAGAGGACUCGAACAGCAACUACCUGAGCAAAACCUACCCACUGGAACCCUCGUUCCAGAACCUGGACGCACUAAAGUCACCCUCCGCCCCGAACCAUCCGGCCCCACCGCAACAGAUCUCGCCGGCCGCCAUGUCCUUCAAGCUGUCCUUUCCGAACGGUGGCGGUGGUGGUGCCAAUGCCGUCGGUCCGAAUGGUGCUGGUGGCGGUGGUGCCGGGUCCGCCGGCAGCGUCGGCAGCGGACCGGACGGGUCGGCCACGAAUCUGAUGGGCACGGUGCCCACCCUCGGCACCAAUGCCGGCUUCCCGCACGCAUCUACCUCAGACGACAAGUCGCUGUACAACCAUUUCGCCUACUCGGCCGCCGCCAACAUGCACCACAGCUAUUCGGCGGCGGCGGCCGCCGCCGUCGACCAGUCCUACAACGGGAUGUACCUGAAAAACCAGCUGUACAACCUGCCGACCAAUGCCGGCGUACUCAGCUUCCAGUCCACGCUCGAGUGGAACAAGAGUUAAUGGCACGGGGCCGCCCUCGAGUCGGCUCCAUCAUCGACCGGUGGCGACCGGUACCAGUAGUAGCCGCUGUGCGCCACUACACCACUAGCCUGAUUUCAUGGAUGCUACGGCAGCUUACACACACACACACAGACACAUGUUACACAAUUUAACUCGAUGGUGCAUAGUAAUGUGGGAGCGGGAUUGGGAAGUGAUUAUCUGGGACCUCCCGGAUGUAUUUGUUCAUCCAGUGAGCAAUGAUCACUAAUGAAGAAACAAAAAGUUGAGAUAGAUGAAAAUCCAACGGUCACCUUAUUAGUGACCACGUCACGUAUCUUUGGGAAGGCGGGAGAGAGAGAGAGAGAGAGAGAGAGAGAGAGGGCGAACAUGUUACUUAAAGAAAUGAAUAUAUCAUUUAAAAAAAACAUUGCUGCAUAUAAGAUGGCGGACAAGAAGACAAAAUGAAAUGAAAACAAACUGGUUGUUUCUCUGGUGUUUUUGAAGUACAAUAUAAGGGUAUUUUUUUAUAAAAGUAAACAAAACUGUGACGAUUUCAGAAGAAACGGAAGAAGAGGGUGCAUAAUCGAUGGGGGGAAAAUGGAUAAAACAAUAGAAACGCCAAUAAAGUAUUAACAGGAAAGAAAGAAAAAAAUGACACAAAAUGGUGACAGAAUGAUUAUGGAAAAACAAGCACAAAACAAGACAAAAACAAACCUAUCCAAUACUUGCUAUAAGAAAAACAAACGGAAUGUACAAUAAAUAGUGAAAUCUUAUUAUUAUUAUUCUUGUGACGCAAGGCGUCCCAAUUGUACGUA